GCUGCAGACUAACAGGUCUCUCAGAGCCGAAUGGCGCACUUCAGGUUCCCAGUGUUUUUUGAGGCCAGAGACCUGACCGACUCUGAGAAGCAGAAGAUUCAGAAGUACUUUCUAAUCAGGAGGAGGUCAGGAGGAGGUGAAUGUGGGCCAGUGGAAAAAGUAGCCGACGACACCUACACGAUAUCAUUUGUUGAGCAAGAAGAUCAAGAAAGAGUUCUGGGCCCAAAACAGCAUGUCAUACCUCUGUCUUUGGACCAACAACUUGAAAUAAAAACUAAACGAGAGACCACACAUGUAUCUCAAAAUCAACAGGAUACUCCUGGCAGAGAUGAGGAAAAAGAGCUACUCAUGGACACUUACUUGACUCAGUACCUGCAGGACAAUCCGAAAGCUCGGCGGGACCUGGAUCAAUGUCUCUCCUCUCUUUGCAGAUCCUUCCGGAUCCUUCCAGAGGAGGGAAAACUGGUGGUGAAGAGAGGAGCUGCCCAGUCUGGGCUGCCCCGGGCUAAAUGGGAGAUGCAGGUAGAUGAUGUGUGUUUUCAGCUGAAACAAAGGUACCGCUGCUACUUUGAGGUGCAUCCAGAAAGGGUGAAGACCCUCCAGGAGAACCCUUUCAUGCGCUCUGAAAACCUGUGCAUCUAUAAAGAACUCGGAGAGAACCUGGCAGUGGUAGUGGGAGAGCACGAUGAGAUAGAGAAAAUGAUCCAACGUUUAGACGCCCUUCAGGUAAAGCCACAGGUCCACAUGGAUUGUGGGAUAACAAUGGUGAAGUUCACCCUGGUGGCGGAAGAGUUUGUGAAGAAAAUUAAGCUUUCAUCUCCACAAAUCAAGAUCACCAUGAAGGGAAGAGGUGUUCCAGUGUUUGAGGGGUCAGAGGCAGAGGUAGAGGCUGCACGUGCCACACUACAGGAGCUGGUCAAGAAGAUCCAACAAAGGAGACUCCAGUUACCUGCCCCACUCCUCGCCUUCCUUGCAUCUAGUGGAGCCAUACAAACAUACCAGACCCGGUUCAAGCAGAGCCUGAGAAGUCCAGUGAUGCUUGAGGUGGGAUCAGACCUGGUCCUGUCCAGCCUUACUACAGAGGCCCUUGAGGAGGCAGCAGCAACUCUGGAGAGAGACCUGACUGUGGAGACUGUGGUCUUGGAGCGAGUAGAAGCAGAGUCACCUGGAAUGGUUACGCUGAAGGAAGUCUUAAGUCAAGCCAUACAGCAAGCAAAUCAUGGAGUAAUGAAUGUACAGCUGAGCUAUGGGCAACCAUCCAAAGCAGACUACCGGAUGCUGGUCCAGAUUGUUGGAAACAGAAAAGAAGUGGAUAGGCUGAAAGACAUUCUGCUUGAUUACAAGCUAAACCAAACUAGCAUCCAUCACUUUUUGAAUCUCCCCAAUGCUGUAGUGGCUGACCACCUGCACAGAGUACUGGAGCUUCUUGGAGUACAGCAUAGUGAUCUCGAAUUGAUCGCCACUAAAUCGCCAUCCCCUGGCUUGCAUUUUGCUGGACCUCGUCAACUGGUGCAAGACUUUUGUGAAGCACUGACCUCAACAUUACAGUCUUUGGUUUGUAAAGAGUACAGCGUGGAAGGACCUGGAGUUUUGCAGUACUUCAAUGGGGAGGGGAAGAACAACAUUGUUUUACUGGAGCUCUCUCAUAAGGUCCUGAUCUUGCUCUCUGAUGAAGAGAAACAAUCUGGAAAAGGUUCUCAACCCACAAGCCCCAUUUCCAUCUUAAACCUCACCAUGAUGGGUAAAACAGGAUCCACUCCGGCUACAAUUCCAUCAUUUCCCACAAAAGUGACACGGGGGUCAUCUUCCACAGCAACAGGUGGAUCAUUGCCCACAGGAAGUCAGAUAAAGCUAGACGUAGUGCUGGGGAAUCUUGAAGAUCAGCAAGUUGAUGUGUUGGUGGCCCCCAUGGUGAAAGCAAAUCUACUUAGCAUGAAGAUUGGACAAGCACUGGCAAAGACAGGAGGAGACCGCCUGAAACGCAACUUCUCCCAGUCUGUAAGAUCCCAGAGGAAUAUAGAGCCAGGGGACAUUUUGCAGGUGGAUGGGACCUCCACUUUGGGAUGCCAAAAGAUCAUAUUUGUGGAAUGUCUGCCUUGGGAUGCAGCAAGUGGCGGCAGUGAAAAGGCAUUGCGCUGUGGGCUGAGGGAGGCCCUAAGUCUGUGUGAGCAGCGUGGCCUGAGCUCUGUGGCUUUUCCACUGAUCGGGCCUGGAAUUGUCCUGAAGACGCCUGUUAAAGAGGCCGUUUCCAUCCUGACAUCUGAGAUCGGCUUGUUAGGACUGUCAGAGUACACUGGCCCACUUUCCAACAUUCGUGUUGUCAUCCAUCCAGACUACCCAGAUUCCAAAGAGGUCUGCCGGGAUGUUUACAAUGGAUUAAACUUACACAGGAUGGAUGGCAAAGGGCAAGCUGUGUUUGGAUCCCUGACCUCUGACCUGGAAGAAGUCACACUGAUGGUGGGCGGCAUAAAGCUUCAUCUGGUACUUGGAGACAUCACCAAUGAGACUACAGAUGCCGUAGUAAACACCACAGACUUUAAUAACUUUGAUUCAGCUGUUUGUAAGAAAAUACUUUCUGUGGCAGGAAAAAAAGUCAAAAAGGCUCUGAAAUCUGCUCAGGUCAACAGGGGUGAAAUCUUCACAUCACAGCCUGGCAAGUUCCCCUCCAAGGCCAUUAUGCAUGUGUGUGGAGAAAAUGACCCAGAGUUGGUUCAGGACAUGACCAGGGACAUCCUCCUCCUUUGUGAGAGCAAAGGAUACCAGUCAGUUGCCAUUCCUGCUAUAUGUGCUGUUGCGGGAGUGGAACCAGACGCAAUCCUCAGUGGGAUAGUGGCCGCAGUAUCCAGCUGCUCCUUCCAGCACCUUGUCACUGUCCGCCUCGUGCUGUUCAGUGUGCCGGUCUUCCAGCGGUUUCGAGCCGCUGUUGACACCAUGUUUGGGACACCCAGCAGACCAAACAACACCACUGGUUCACUAGGAGCAUCCACAGCUCCAGCUCAAAUGGCCCAACCUGCGCCACUGUACCCAAACCUGAGCCCCCUGCUGCCUUCAUCCCUCAUCCCAGGCGUCCCUCCUUCAGCCACCUUCACAAUCAUAGGCACAUCUGCACAGGACGUGUCCAGUGUCUGUGCUGGUCUGCAACGGGCCUACACCUCCCACUGCUCCCAGCACACCCUGGCCCCAGAGGAGCUGGCUGCGCUCUCCCAGGCAGAGCUGCAGGAUCUGGCCGAGAGAGUGAACAGUCUCGGGGUGCAGCUGGACCCGUCUGGGUCUGGCAGUGGGGCAGGGGUGGUGGUGAGGGGGCUGACUGAGGGGGUGAAGGACGUGAUGUACGUCAUGCAGGGGGCAUUACGCCGACAGGUGGCGGAGAGGGACCAGAGGGAGCUGUUCGCCCAAGUGGUGUGGUGCAUUAUGGGACAGCGAGGGGAUUGGGAGAGGUUCCCCAAAGAGGCCAAUCAGAAGCUGGAGAAGGGUGACGUCAGUGGAGGGGUGACGGAUGCUCAUGGAUGCCGGUGGAAUGUAGAUCUCCGGAGGAAGCAGGCGACUGCUGUGGGCUCAGGUCAUGUGACCUUAGUCAAGCGACUACAAAACCUGCCAGAUUUUAAAGUCCCUCUGUACUGGGACAGUCUGGUUCCUGGUGAGGCCCUACAGAUGAUCCCACUCAUCCCCCUCUAUGCCGAGUUUGAGCUUGUGAAGGCAGAUUUCAGGAAGACCUGCAUGAGGACAAUACUCAAGAUUGAGCGUGUGCAGAACGUGCACCUGCGUCGUGCGUAUGAGGUUCAGCGGCAGCAGCUGGAGGAUAAGAACGGUGCACCUGUAGGGGCCGGGGAGAAGAUGCUCUACCACGGCACCACAGCCCAGGCCUGCCAGUCCAUCAUGAAGAAUGGCUUCAACCGCGGCUUUGCAGGCCAUAAUGCCACGGUAUAUGGUCUGGGAACAUACUUUGCUGUGGAUGCCAGCUACUCAGCCAAGCCCUUGUACUCCCGUCCAGAAGCAGACGGCACUCAGUGUAUGUUUGUCGCUCGAGUUCUGGCAGGUUCCUACACGUUGGGUAAGAGCGGCAUGAGGGUCCCCCCACCGGUCUCUGCUCAACAGCCUGACAUCCACUUCGACAGCCUUGUGGACAACCACCAGAACCCCAGCAUGUUUGUGGUGUUCCAUGACAGCCAGGCCUACCCUGACUAUCUCAUCACAUUCAAAUGAACAUAGAACACAUAUUGUCCAUGGCCCUCCCUUCAUACUAAAUUUGAAUGACACUUUUUUUUUUAAAUUCAGCAACAUUUUACCGUAAUCAACAAAGAUUUAAAAGUGAUUGGAUACAUUUGGAGACAAAUGCUAGUUAGAUAUAACUGUAAGAUGCUGCUAAUACAAUCUGCAACAAGGAUCAAAACUCUAAAAACAUAAUGCUAUAUGAAUCACCUAAGAUUGUAUUCAUUUAAAGCAGGGCUGGACUGGGACCAAAAAACGGCCCGGGCAUUUUUGGCCAUAGUGGCCCACCAUGAUAAUUUGCACGAUAAAACAUAUGUGCACACUGUUUUGUUUGUAAAAAAUAUUUAAGUAAACUGCAGUAGCCUGCAUGGAAGCGAGUAGGCUAGCCUACCCUUGCUAAAAAAAUAUUAAUUAUUAUUAUACUCUCUCUCUCUCUCUCUCUCUCUCUCUCACACACACACACACACACACACACACACACACACACACACACACACACACACACACACACUAGAGUGACCUUUAAACCAGCAAGGAUGAGGUUGUGCACAAAACUCAUGCUAUUAAAUGCUUCACUAAAUAAAACCUGCUAUAAUUUAUGUUGAGCAUUUGCACAGUUUUAGCCAACAAUUCACCUUGAUACUAUUUAGUGAAGAUGUAUAGGCUACACAUCCCAAAACAUUUUCAUUGUUAAUUCCAUGGGCUAUCACCAUUCCUGUUUCAUUCCAUGCGUCUGACUGCAUGUCUGUGUGUCUGGGUGUCUGCUUGUCGCAAAGAAAUGUGAUAGUUUGCUUGUUAUACUGCGUCAAGAUUGACAACAAUUUCGACCAAUCGUGACUGUCUUUUCAGAAGGUUGAUGGCGAGCCGUCAACUCGUUAAUUUAAUGGGUAUCGCAAUUCAAAUGCAUGCGAGAGGGGUAGGCCUACACAGAAACCACACAAAAAGACGCGCUCACACUAUAAAACUUUGUUUUGCUUAACUGGGUGCUGAAUCCUACAUAGUAGGCAGGUUAAUACAUCUAAAAGAAGCAAGGGGAAGAAGCAGUCGCAGAUUUCAAACUUUUAAUUGUUCGUUGUGCGCCCAAAAAGUUCAGCCAACAUUUCGGCUCCUUCUUACCUGCCUCACAGUAGCUAUUCUGACCUCCUCCUCAAUCUGUCCCUGCUGGGUCACGUCUCUCACCUCUUCCUCCUCCUCCGAAUCAAUUUGAAUAGCUACUCCUUCCUCUGUGUAACUCUGUUGCACACUCGCAUGUGCCUCUCUGAAGCCUGCACUCGGUGCUGCUUCUGCACUGCUGCUAUAUGUCGACGGCCCUGUUUGAACUUGUGGUGGCAAACAUUUCUGUAAUUUUAGCACAUUUUUGCUGCAUCCACUUGUAGGCUUUAGCCUUUUAUCUCACAACUUCUCUGCGCCCCCCUUGCGCUUUUGUGGUUUGUCUUCGUACAUUUUCAUAUAGGCUACGGACGGUCUCAAACUCCGGUCGAACUCCAGUCAAGAGGGAGAUGAGGCCGGGAGGGAGAUAGGGAGGGCCCUGAGAUUUCAUUGGACUAGCCCAAUGUCCAUUAAGGCAGUCAACCAAUGGGCCGCGAUUCGCUGCCGUUGUGGCCGUAUGAGCCUAAUAUUUUUUUUUAUUAUUAUUAAAUUGACAGCCUCGGCCCAAAUAUGCGUCGGCCCACCGGGCAUUGCCCGGUAUGCCCUAUGGCCAGUCCAUGCCUGAUUUAAAGGGACUCUAUGCAACACCUCUUGCAGUGUGGGUUUAUGUACCCUUGCUUUGCCUGGCUGUUAUCCAUACAGUGACUCACUGGUGCCUCCUGUUGUACAAAGCAUGCUACUUCAUUAUCUGUGGAACAGCUUACACAUUGCAACAACAUGGCUAUUUCUUCACUUCUGCUGCUAUGCCUACAUAAUUGAGUUAUGUUAUGUUUAAUGUAGUCAUGUUUUAAGUUACAUAUUUUUACAUAAUUGCUAUGUCUCCAAAUAAAGACCAGUGUGCAUCA